UGGACCGUGUAGAGUUCACCCUUUGGUGCUGCAGGGUUUCCUCCGCCCGCGACCCAGCGCAGUGGAGACACGUUGCGCGUGGGCACCAUGAGCCGCCUGGGCUCAGUGCAGCGGAAGAUGCCGUGCGUGUUUGUGACAGAGGUGAAAGCUGAGCCCUCGGCCAAGCGGGAGCAUCAGCCAUUUAAAGUUUUGGCAACUGAAACUCUGAGCGAAAAGGCGCUAGAUGCAGAUGUGUACAAUGCAAUUGCAACAGAAAAAGUGGAUGGAACGUGUUGUUAUGUUACUAACUACAAAGGUCAGCCAUACCUUUGGGCUCGACUAGAUAGAAAACCUAACAAGCAAGCUGACAAAAGAUUUAAAAAAUUUCUACAUUCUAAAGAGAGCUCAAAAGAGUUUCUUUGGAACACUGAGGAAGAUUUCAAGCCUGUCCCAGAGUGCUGGAUACCAGCAAAGGAAAUAGAAAAACAGAAUGGGAAGCCAGUACCUGAUGAAAAUGGACACAUACCUGGUUGGGUACCAAUAGAAAGGAACAGCAAGCAAUAUUGCUGGCACUCGUCUGUAGUUAACUAUGAGUUUGGAAUUGCCCUGGUUUUAAGGCACCAUCGUGAUGAUCCUGGACUUUUGGAAAUUAGUGCCAUACCUCUGUCAGAGCUUUUAGAGCAAACUCUGGAGCUGAUAGGAACAAAUAUCAAUGGAAACCCAUAUGGACUAGGAAGCAAGAAAUACCCACUACAUUUUCUUAUACCACAUGGAGCAUUCCAAGUCAGAAAUCUGCCAACACUGAAACACAAUGACCUGCUGUCCUGGUUUGAAGACCGCAGAGAGGGUAAAAUUGAAGGGAUUGUAUGGCAUUGCGGUGAUGGCUGUUUAAUUAAGGUCCAUCGCCACCAUCUUGGUUUAUGCUGGCCACUUGCAGAUACUUAUAUGAAUUCCAAACCUGUUAUUAUUAACAUGAACCUCAACAAAUGUGACUGUGCUUUUGAUAGUGAGUGCUUGUUUAAUCAGUUUUCAAAAAUAGAUAAGCAGAAAUUUGAUAGGCUCAAAGAUAUAAUACUUGAUGUAUAAAAUGGAAGUACAGUUGGAAACAGUCUGCCAUGUUUACAAAGAUUAAGAGUUUCAAUUUAAUUUUGCUAGCUAUUUGACAAGACAUGUCAUAAAUUCUAACUAUGAAUAUCUUAACACAAAAAUAAGUAUAAAAUAAUUACACUAGAAAUUUCAAUGUUUAAAUGGUAAAUUGUUAUAAGCUUACCUUUAUGCUUUUAGAAAAUUUAAGACAUGAAAAUAGAAAUAUUUAUCAUAGCUCAUUGUG